CGUUUUGCUUGUGAAUGUGAUAUGAGCUGAGAAGACGUUCGUAGGCAGCUAACCCGGGACUACUGAAAUAAUUUCACUGUAUCCUCACGUAAAGUGUUGAUUCACCAUGGGUAGACGUCGUGCUAAGAAGAAGCCACCUCAGAAGAAGAAGAUGCUGGGGACAUUGGAAACUCAAUUCACAUGUCCAUUCUGUAACCACGAAAAAUCAUGUGACGUUAAAAUGGAUCGAACUCGGAAUGUUGGAGUGAUAUCAUGUCGUGUUUGUUUAGAGGAUUUCCAGACAAGUAUUACCUACCUAUCAGAACCUGUGGAUGUGUAUAGCGACUGGAUAGACGCGUGUGAACAAGCGAAUGCCUAGCCAAUGUGACGUCACCCCCAACCCCUCCAGAUACCUACGUGUAUACCUCACAACAUGCGCAUGAUGUACAUGCACCUCAGCUCAUCAUUUCGUUUGACUAUUUCACAGACAUUAUCUCUUCAUAUUCGAUCAAAAUUGAUCUGCCAAAGGAGGACUUUGCCAUCUACAAUUCUUUUCCAAUGAAAUAGAUAGCAGGUAAAGAAGGAAAAAGGAUCAAGAUUCAUCUAAUGCAUAAAUAUGAAAACUAAAGUGCUUUUUCACAUUAUGUAACUUUGACUGAGUAAAACUAUUAAGAUAAAGUCUUCAUUUGAUUGAUUUGACAUGUUAUAAAGAAAACUUUGAUUAUUCCAUUUGUGGACAAUUAAAUUUGUUUUUAAAGACAGUUCAUUUUUUUGAAGGAUUUUAAAAACUUUAAAUUGAUCUUUUUAGUAUAAAAUGACUCAUUAGUGUCACACAAUUUUUGUUUCAAUAUCUCUGAUUGGCCAUGAAACCUAAGAAAAAAGGUCAAAGAUUGAUAAAAUAAUUUUUACAAUGUAACAUUCAUGCAAGAAUUAAUAUGUACUUCUUUUUUACUUUAAAAAAUAAUGCAUUGGAAAUUAAACAGGAACAAGAUAUCCAAGCACAUAAAUGUAAUCAUGAUAUUUCUUUUAUAACUGCAGGGCAGAAUCAAUUAUGCUAUGAGCAAGUAUGAAAUACUUUGAUAAUCAAAAUUAUAUUGUUCAAUCUUAUGGAGAGAAGUAUUUUUUUAUCAUGGACUAUUAUGAACUACAUGUAUUCAUCACCAGAGCUUGACAAGAUAUCCCAAAUUAUUAAUUUUAUGAUGCUAAAAUAAAUGCAAUAAAUGCAGAAACAUUUUUUCUUACAAGAUUAUCAGUUUUCUGUUAUGUGACAAAGUUUAACUAAACGAUUUUGCAAGACAAGGAUCUUUAUUAAGGUUUUCACCCCAUUAGUUUCCAAAUGAGAGUAUUCAACUUCCAUCACAGAAGCAUCGCUAUCACUUUAAUGUGUACGUAGAUGAGAUGGAUACAUUUGGGACAUUUUCCUGCAGUAACAGUUAAUCCAUAAAUAUCAAUACCUUGAUAAUCAGGGAUGUAGUCAAGGCCAUAUUUUGCCGGCCCCGGCCUCGGACCGAGUCACGUGUACAAAGUCUAUGGAAGAAUCUUUUCUCCAGCGGCCUCAUGAUUGGGAAGUACAGGCUUCAAUUACAUGCACAUCCCUGUUGCUGAUAUACAUGUAUGCUCUUCUAUAAUACUUUGUCUGCUAUCAGUCAGAUCCUAGACUAUUUGUUUGAAGCCUAUUGCUCACACAACAUUCAUGUAUGACCUGCAUGUAGAUGACAACCAUAAGGUCUAUCAUUGUAUGUUACAUUUGCCGACCAAUGAAGAGAAAAAGUCAAACAUAUCCGAUUGUUCACUUUCUGGGGGUGACAUUUUGUUUUUUAGUUAUAUUUUAAUGUUUUCAACUCUUCAAGGCUCACUCAGAUAUGCUGCAGAAAAUUGCUCUUUGAGAAGCUACCCUGCCAAAAGCAGGACUUGUAUGUAUUCUCUAAAUAGGUGACCACACUUUUAUAGAUGCUAUAAAUGGCCAGCUAAACCAGAGAUGUGUGAACACCCCUUUAGCUUUACAUUAUUGAUAUGAAUUCAUGGAAAGAAAAAAAGCUUUAUUGGGUCCUGUGUCACAGAACUUGAUAUCAAUUAUAAAUUAUAAGCUACAUUUACAAGUUUCUGAAAUGGAGACAUUUAGGGUAUACAUGUAUUUGUCAUACGAUUUGUCUUUGAAAACAAGCUUUAUCAAGUCGGGUCCUUGUUUUCUGCAUCAUAUGUGAACGCGCACAAAGAGUUUUUUUUUUUCUAUGUACUAUGUUAUCAACAUUCAUGUAUAGAUUGCGUUUCAAUGCAGUUGAAAAGAUAUAAUUUUCUUGAUUAUGUCUGAGCUUUGUAAAUGUGCCUAGAAAUUAUUAUUUUUGAUUUAUAUCUGUAAAUAUUCAUGAUGCAACCAAUAUUGAUAUAAAGGAAUUACACAAUCUCUAAGGUUGUUAGUGCAAACAUAUGUUACAUUAUUUUUCCAAGUGAAAGCUCUGAAUAUCUUGGCAUUGUUAUGAAGGCAAGUUAAAAACAAUUUAUUUGCUGCAUUUUCACAUAUUUAGAAUAAAAUGAAGCAAUUUCUUGCAGGGCAUUUGAUAUUUGAGUUUAGUGUGAAAGGUUGCACACUUGUACAUAUGUAAAUAUUCUACUUUAAUUAAGAACUUUCUUUGACAAGACAUUGUUUCUCAACCAUAUUUCAUUCGUAUCUUAACAUGUUUGGAGAUACAGUAACAUCCUUUUUUUUUUUUUUUGCUUACAGAUUUUCAACUUAUCUAUACAUUACAUGUUAUAUAAUUUGGCCUUUUCCCCACGAUAAACAAGAACAAAUUGACUGAAUAAAGACUUGAAUACUUUUUAGAAGACUGUAACAUGUCACACUUGGAUAUGAAAUAAAAGCAAAUUUUUGCAAUUAAGGAUUGAAAUUCAACCUGAGAGGAAGCAAUAGAACAGUUGUGUACUAUGCAUGAUCUCUUCAUUCUAUUCAUAGAAAUGUAGUUAUUAUUAAAAAAGUGAAUUUCUAUGGAGCCUUGCUAAGCAUUGAUCUUUCCUUUUGUUAUAUGCACAGGUGAUAAACUCUGCUUUCAAGCAAAUCCUUAGACAAAUUCACGGCUUUUGAUGUCAGUUGUAAUAAUGAAAUUGUUUGUCUUUCGUGGAACUCAAAUAUGAAUAAAAUCAAUGAGAAACAGUCA